UUCUCGCGAUUGGGAUCAUAACAAAGAUGGCGGUGAAAGAAAGUGACACCGACGAUCUUCAAAAUCCGGUCAAAGAACUGAGCGAAAAAUGGAAACUUUUACCGGCUUUUUUGACUGCACAGGGCCUGGUCCGGCAUCACAUCGACUCAUUCAAUCAUUUCAUCAACGUGGAAAUAAAAGACAUCGUCAAAGCCAACGAAAAGAUCACCAGCGAUGCCGACCCGCAGUUUUACCUGAAGUACCUCGACAUCCACGUGGGUAAACCAGAUGUCGAGGAGCAGUGCACCAGCAAGACCACGACCCCGCACGAGUGUCGUCUGCGAGACAUGACGUAUUCUGCUCCCAUAACCGUCGACAUAGAAUACACGAGGGGCCAACAGCGCGUCGUCAGGGCCGACUUCCCAAUCGGUCGGAUGCCGAUCAUGCUUCGGAGUUCGAACUGCGUGCUGGCCGACAAGUCUCCUUACGAAAUGUCCGUCAUGAACGAGUGUCCGUACGACCCCGGAGGUUAUUUUGUGGUGAACGGCGUCGAAAGGGUCAUCUUGAUGCAGGAGCAACUGUCCAAGAACAGAAUGAUCGUCGAAGAAGACCGAAAGGGAGGGGUCAUGUGUCAGGUGACGAGUUCGACGCACGAAAAAAAGAGUCGAACGAACGUGAGCACGAAACACGGCCGCUACUAUCUCAAGCACAACUGUUUCACAGACGACAUUCCGAUAGCUAUAGUCUUCAAGGGAAUGGGACUGGAAAGCGACCAGGAGAUAGUGCAGAUGAUCGGCACUGCAGAUAACAUCGUGUCGACGUUCGCGCCGUCCCUCGAAGAGUGUCACCGGGCGAUGGUGUUCACGCAGACUCAGGCCCUCAAGUUCCUGGGGAGCAAGACGAAGCAACGCAGGAUGUUCUUCGGAGGUCCCAGGAAGACCCCGGUGGAUGAAGCGAGGGACAUCCUCGCCACGACGAUCCUCGCCCACGUCCCCGUGGAGCACUACAACUUUCGCGUCAAGGCGAUGUACCUUGCCCUCAUGGUGAGGAGGGUCAUCGAAGCGCAGUCCAACAAAGAACUGAUCGACGACAGGGAUUACUACGGAAACAAGCGUCUCGAACUGGCGGGUUCCCUGCUCUCCCUGCUCUUCGAAGACCUCUUCAAGAGGUUCAACACGGAACUCAAACUGGUCGCCGACAAGUGCAUUCCGAAAGUGCGCGCCACGCAGUUCGACGUCAUCAAAUACGUCAGGCAAGAUCUGAUCACAAACGGUCUGGUCGUGUCCAUUGCGACCGGGAACUGGACGGUGAAGCGAUUCAAGAUGGAGAGGAUCGGCGUGACGCAGGUCCUGACACGCCUGUCCUACAUUUCGGCCCUUGGAAUGAUGACGCGCGUCAACAGUCAGUUCGAAAAGACCAGAAAGGUCUCCGGACCUCGUUCACUCCAGCCGUCCCAGUUUGGAAUGCUCUGUCCUAGCGACACGCCCGAAGGGGAAGCCUGCGGGCUGGUGAAGAACCUGGCCCUCAUGACCCACAUCACCACCGACCUCGACGAAGCCCCCAUCGUCCGGCUCGUUCUCAACCUCGGAGUCGAGGACGUCCACCUGCUCUGCGGGGAAGAACUGUCGGACCCGUCCGUCUACCUCGUCUUUCUCAACGGAAACAUCCUCGGAGUCGUCCACAAUCACCAGCGUCUGAUCCGCACGCUGCGCCUGCUCCGUCGUAAGGGCUGCCUGUCGGAGUUCGUGUCGAUCUACUCCAGUCGGAUCCAUCGGUGCGUCUACAUCUCCGCCGACGGAGGCAGGAUGUGUCGCCCGUACAUUCUCGUCAAGAACGGAACGCCACUCGUCACGGAAGCUCACCUCGAAGACCUCGGGCGUGGCUUGAUGUUCUUCGACGAUUUCCUCAAGCAUGGCGUCGUCGAGUUCCUCGACGUGAACGAGGAGAACGACAGCAACAUAGCGCUCUACGAACGCGAAAUCCGCGCCGACACUACGCACCUUGAGAUAGAGCCGUUCACGCUUCUUGGCGUAUGCGCGGGCCUCAUUCCGUACCCUCAUCACAACCAGUCACCGCGUAACACGUAUCAGUGUGCCAUGGGCAAGCAAGCCAUGGGGACGAUCGCCCUGAAUCAGCGUAACCGCAUCGACACACUCCUGUACCUUCUCGUCUAUCCGCACCGCCCGAUGGUCAAAACAAAAACGAUCGAGCUCAUCAACUUCGAGCAGAUUCCGGCAGGCCAGAAUGCAACGGUCGCUGUAAUGAGCUACAGCGGCUACGACAUUGAAGAUGCCAUAGUCAUGAACAAGGCCUCCAUCGACCGGGGAUUCGGUCGAUGUCAAGUUUACCGCAGCCAAAAAUGCACGUUGAGACGAUACGCGAACCAGACGUUCGAUCGCGUCAUGGGGCCCCUCGUCGACAGCACGACGAUGAAGCCCAUCUGGAAGCACGAACCGCUCGACGUGGACGGCAUCUCGCGUCCCGGUGAACGGGUCGACAACAAGCAGGUCUUGGUCAACAAGUCUAUGCCUGCAAUAACGGCUUCUGUGCUACAGACGGGACAGCAGCAGCAACAGGUGGAACACAAGGAAGUUCCGAUCACGUACAAAGGACUGGAACCGAGCUACGUAGAACGAGUUCUCAUCUCGUCCAACACGGAAGAGGCCUUCUUGAUAAAGCUGUUGUUGCGGCAGACCAGGCGGCCGGAGAUCGGCGACAAGUUCAGCAGCCGACACGGGCAGAAAGGCGUCGUGGGCCUGAUAGCGCAACAGGAAGACCUGCCGUUCAACGAUCAAGGCAUCUGUCCCGACCUGAUCAUGAAUCCGCACGGAUAUCCGUCUCGUAUGACGGUGGGAAAGCUGAUGGAGCUCCUUGCGGGAAAGGCUGGGGUGCUGAACGGAAAGUUCCACUACGGAACGGCGUUCGGUGGAAGCAAGGUGCAGGACGUGGGAGAAGAGCUCAUCCGUCGAGGAUUCAACUACCAGGGCAAGGACUGCCUCACGUCUGGGAUUACCGGAGAACAACUGUCGGCUUACAUCUACUUCGGCCCUAUCUACUACCAGAAAUUGAAGCACAUGGUCAUGGACAAGGUCCAUGCAAGGGCACGUGGUCCACGAGCCGUCCUGACACGGCAGCCGACCGAAGGUCGCUCGCGUGAUGGAGGCUUACGGCUGGGAGAGAUGGAGAGGGAUUGUCUUAUUGGGCACGGAGCCAGCAUGCUUCUUCUGGAGCGACUAAUGCUAUCGAGUGAUGCCUGUGAUGUCGACGUCUGCAACAGCUGUGGACUCCUGGGUUAUUCUCGGUGGUGCCACUAUUGCCGUUCGUCCAGCAAUAUUGCAUCCAUCAAGAUACCCUACGCGUGCAAGCUACUGUUCCAAGAACUGCUGUCGAUGAACAUUGUUCCGCGCCUCGAGCUGCGGAAACAUUUCCAGUGACCUCUGUAAAUAAGUUUGAUUAAAAGUUGGCUGCUGUUUU